UCUAUUCGCCCAAAGGUAGUUUCUUUAGUUUCUCGUGAACUCUGCGUUGAGGUGCGCCGUGGUGUUUCUGUGUUAACCGACGAAUCGUUUUUGGGGAAAUUAUAUUCGCGGUUUAUGAGUAGAUUCGUGACUGAAAAUGUGGCUAGAAGAGUGCGAUAGUUUCGCUGAAUUAUGCCGCGGCUACCUGCCUUAUUACUUGUUGAUAGUUUUGCCAAUUUUCAUUAUCAUUUCACCAGCUAACCCCGUUGCCGCAUCUCACGAGUUUCCCGUAUAUCGGAUGCACCAGUAUGACCUGCAUGGCGUACCACAUGGAUGCCGUAGCUCCCCUGUGUCCUUGGAAGCUAGAUCGUUAACUGGAUGGAGCACAUCUAGGCAUUGCAUUAUUACCAGAGCCUUGGAUUUAGCACCUGAUUCAUUUUACUCGAUUCGCAGCAAAGCUGGAGCUUUGGUAGUAGUUCUUCCAGAAAAAAUGGAUGCCCUCUCAGAAGAAGAAAGACAGCAUAUUAUGGCAUUGGAAGAAGUAAUGUUGCUGGGACCAGAAACUCCAAUUCCAGUAUACUUUGCACCCUGGACGCCAGAUCUCCAAUUAAUUUUGGAUGACGUAUCGAGCAGUUUUUUGACUGACGAUAAGGCUGGUUCAGCUGCAGAAGCCAUGUUCAACUCUGUUUCCGCAAGUGGUUACCAAGUUGUUGUAGCCACGAGCCAAGCUGUCGCUAGAACUGAUGUCAAAGUAGCGACACUGCAAGGAAAAUUGUCGGGCACGGGACAAGAAGAAAAAUUACCAACUAUCGCGAUAGUUGCACAUUACGAUAGUGCGGGGGUUGCUCCAGAAUUAUCAUUCGGAGCAGAUAGUAACGCAUCCGGUGUAUCGAUGCUAUUGGAAUUGGCCAGACUCUUUUCGGCAUUGUAUUCAGUGGGAAGGUCGAGACCACGGCAAAAUUUGGUAUUCAUCUUGGCCGGUGCGGGAAAAUUAAAUUAUCAGGGAAGUAAAAAGUGGCUAGAGGAUCAACUUGAUGGUUUAGAAGGCUCGAUAAUACAGGAUGCUUCCUACGUAAUUUGUCUGGACUCUGUAUCAUCGAGCGAUAAUCUAUAUGUACAUGUGUCAAAACCGCCAAAAGAAAACUCCCCUGGUGGUCUUUUCUACAAAGAACUCAAAGCCGUUUCCGACGCGAUUGGCGGAGUUAACGUGGAAGGGGUACACAAAAAAAUCAAUCUUGCUGAAGAAACACUGGCGUGGGAGCAUGAGAGGUAUAGCAUCAGAAGGCUGCCAGCGGCGACUAUAUCUAGUUUAAAAAGUCACAAGGACCCGGCAAGAGCGUCUAUUUUAGACAUGCGGCGGGACGAUCAAAUAGAUAGACUACACACAAAUACCAAAGUUAUAGCCGAAGCGCUCGCCAGACACAUUUAUAAUCUGAGUUCUAGUCAAAUAUUUGCCGAUUCUCUGAGUGUUUCCAAAGAUGCUUUACUUCUCUGGCAAGAGUUCUUGAGCAACCAACCGAGAGCUGCUCCGUUAUUAGCUGACAAACAAAAUCUUUUGGUGACGACCUUGAAGGAGGCUAUGGCCCGAUAUCUCGGAGAUGUCAAAGUAACACUUCACACUCCAGAUAAACGUGAUCCUGAAUUUGUCUUCUAUGACGUAACGAAAGCCACACUCAAUGUUUACAGUGUCAAACCUGCAGUAUUCGACCUCUUCUUAACAUUCGCCAUAGUCUUGUACCUUGGCGUCGUGUAUCUAGUGGUUCACAACUUCACUCAUGUCUACAAUCUGGCGACAAGUCUAUCUGUGAAAAGUAAAACGUCGUAGGAUUACAGAGACGAUUUGCUUUUGUCAAACGUCAGAUUAGUAACUAUUCGUAUGUUUCAUUUAAUGCAGUGAAAAAAAAAAAAAAAAAAGACAGGACAAUUUUAAAUGCAGUUGCGACGAUCAGCCAAAAAUCUGUAUAACUUAAAUUUUUAUCAUUCGGCUACCUUUUCACUCAAACGUGUGUAAAGGUAGAUUUCGUGCAACCUCAGUAUGAUGUAAUGUUAUCCUUGGUAAUCUUAACGCUUUUGCAGCAAUACUUACAAAAGUUAAGCUCUUAAAUUAUCGGCAUGUAAUAAAUACACGAUGCUAUUUCUCAUCUGUUUCCAAUUGCGUUAUGAGAAACCAAAUAUUGGAAAAUCCUGGUGUAGAUGGCUAAACGAAAAAUUAGUUUUUCUUGGAAAUUGUAGAAUUUAUUGCAUUAAUCUCAUAUAAGCGUUACCAGAAGUGAAUAAAAGGUAAAAAAAAAUAAGAGAAAACAAUUGUAAAGCAAUGAAGACAGUAAAAUAUUAUUGAGUGAGUAAACCUAUAGA